AUCUGCCAAACACCAGUCUGACAGACAGACAGACAGACGGAGGUAGACAUGCUGAGGCUGCUGCUGCUGGUUCUGGUGUUCUGGACAUGGACGAGCUCGGCACUGAUCAGGGUCCCUCUUAGGCGGGUGCGAUCAAUUCGCACGCAGCUACGAGCCACCGGCCUGCUGGAGGACUUCCUGAGGGAUCACCGCGCUGACAUGUUCAACCGCCGCUACGCUCAGUGCUUCCCGCCCGGCACGCUGUCGCUGCGACUCGGACGCUCCAGUGAGAAGAUCUACAACUUCAUGGACGCUCAGUAUUACGGUGAAAUCAGUUUGGGGACACCAGAGCAGAACUUCUCUGUGAUUUUUGACACCGGCUCAGCUGAUCUCUGGGUGCCAUCGUCCUACUGCGUCAGCGAGGCCUGCGCGUUUCACAGGCGUUUCAGGGCAUUUCAGUCGACUUCAUUUCAUCAUGAUGGUCGGAUGUUUGGGAUUCAUUAUGGAUCAGGACACCUGCUGGGAGUCAUGGCCAGAGACACACUGAAGGUUGGUGAUCUCACCGUCCUGAACCAGGAGUUUGGGGAGUCGGUCUACGAGCCCGGUGCCACAUUUGUAAUGGCGAAGUUUGAUGGCGUUCUGGGGAUGGGUUACCCGUCCCUCGCAGAGAUCCUUGGAAACCCUGUUUUUGACAACAUGAUGGCGCAGAGGACGGUGGACGAACCGGUCUUCUCCUUCUACCUCAGCAGGAGAACAAGUAACAGCAGCCCAGAGGGUGAACUGUUGCUGGGUGGAACAGAUGAGACAUUGUACAGUGAACCAAUUACCUGGCUUCCUGUCACUGCUAAGGGAUACUGGCAGAUUAAAAUGGACAGUGUGGCGGUGCAGGGUAUGAGUUCAUUUUGUCCUCAUGGUUGCCAGGUGAUUGUCGAUACAGGAACCUCCCUAAUCGCUGGACCGACCAAUGACAUCCUCAACCUCCAGCAGCUAAUUGGAGCCACACCCACAAACAUUGGAGAAUUUCUUAUCGACUGUGUGAGGUUGUCCAGUUUGCCUCAUGUGACAUUUGUACUGGGAGGAAAAGAGUUCACACUGACUGCUAAACAUUAUGUUAGGAAGGAGAUGCUUGGCAACAGGGAGUUGUGUUUCAGUGGUUUCCAGGCCGUGGACAUUAUUCCCCCUGAAGGUCCUCUGUGGAUUCUGGGAGAUGUAUUUCUGACAGAGUACUACAGCAUCUUCGACAGAGGACAGAACCGGGUUGGCUUCGCACCUGCUAGGCACCCAAACAAACAAUAAUCCAUCAAUAGCUGACAGCUGUAUGAUUAAUAAAUAUAGAGAUUAACUCAUCAGCCUUUUGUAAUUCUUGGGAAAGCACCAACUCAACUUGCAGUCAUUUGCAAUUAGCUAGAAGCAUUGUACUUGAGUAAUCCAU